AUGAAUCCCGAAUAUCCAUCAGAUCAACCCGAAUCUGAAUCAGCCUUCUUUAACUACGAUUGGGUUACUCCUCCCUUGACGCAGUCUGCUGCGUUCGACUUCUCUGUCGACCCCCUCCCCGAGCGUGAUGACUUGGUCACCAGCGACCGGCCAAAUACCAAGGUUGCGAUUCCUCGGAUAGCUAACGCCAGUACUUGGGCUAGCAGCAGUCGAGUUAGUCGGGCCUGUGAGAACUGCCGUGAGCAAAAAGCUAAAUGCAGCGGACACCGUCCUGCCUGUCAUCGUUGCAAGGAUGCCGAUGUCAGGUGUUCGUACGGGGAUCGGAAGCGGGAAAAGAUGGCCAAGCAGCUCAGAGAACUAACCGCACAGGUGGAAACCUACGAAGCUCUCUUGCAAGACCUCUAUCCUAGACUAGAUACACCAUCGGCACGUCAUGUGGACCAGACCCUGAAGGAGCUUUCAGGUUCUUCUAUUCCCCACACCAUCACCCACGACACAGCCUUCGCCCUCGGGGCCAUUGACUACACCGAAGAAGACUUUAAUCGCGAUGAGAAACUCCAGGCCAUGGGAUUUGUGGGCGAGCACUCGGAGAUGGCUUGGUUGUACAGACUGAAACGAGACCUGGACCAAGACACGAAGACGCCGACCAGCGACAGAUCCGAUCGCUCUUCUAUCUCUUCGGUCAACUACUUCCAAGACGACUCCAAAAUUCCAGUACUCGAAGACGUGGACCUUCGGGCAUGCCCUCCUCAACAUGUCGCUAGGCAGCUCGUCGAUGGCUACUUUCAUACGGUACACCCUACCUUCCCGAUCAUUGGCAUGACGACAUUUCUCGGACAGUACAACUCCUUUUAUAAGAAUCCCAACGUGCAGCCCGGAAAAAGAUGGCUGGCUAUAUUAAAUUUGAUAUUUGCUAUUACAGCGAGGCGUUUUCAGUUGAUGGGUUUGCCGCCCCACCCAGGGGUGGAGAGCUACUUGGUAUACUUUACGCGGGCGUGGCGACUCGGGAUUGAUAAUGUGGCGUUACUUUCACAUCCGAACUUACAGCAAGUCCAGGUCGAGGGUUUAGCAGCUUUCUACCUGCUGUCGGUCGGACAAGUCAAUAGGUCAUGGAUCAUUCUGGGUGUCGCAAUUCGAUCCGCCGUGACGAUGGGGCUCAACCUCCGUAGCGAGAGUACCGCUAUUGGACAUCUUUCGAAGGAGAUAAGAUAUCGGGUAUGGUGGGCGCUUUUUAUGUUGGAUACCGUACUAUGUGUCAUGACCGGCCGACCGCCCAGCACCAGCCAGACCUUUUGCUCUACACCUCUCCCUCUGCCGUACACAGAGGAAGAAUUCAGCGACGAGCGCAUCAUGCGCCUCAUUACCGAUCAACAAGCGCGGAAUACGUUUAUGACUUCUCUCCUCUCCUCGGACCCUGCAUUCACGGCCAGGGAGGACCAUGCGAAUCGCAUUCGGUUUGGACAGCCGGAGAGCGAAGAAACGCAGGACGAGCAUGCUGCUCAGGUCCUCGCCCCCAAUAUUUCGCUAUACUUUUUGUACGCCGUGGACCUGGCGUUUCUCACCCGCGAGGCAGUAGACACCUUAUACGCGCCUCGCGCGACACGACGAACGUGGAGAGAAAUUGAAAUCCAGAUAUUUACCCUAAACAGCAAUGCGGAUCGAUGGCUCUCUCGUCUUCCAACGGAAUUUCACUUCGUUGAACUCGAUGCAUCGCAUCCUUUCGCCCGGGAGCGUGCCAGCUUAGCCUUUCGAUUCUACACCACCAAAUUGAUCAUUUCCCAACACUGCCUUCGCCGCCUCGCUCACAUAUCCGGUGGGGCUUCUCCCGGAGCCGUGUGUGAUACCAUGGCUGCUAUGUGCGUUCAAGUCGCAGGGCAGAUUCUUGAUCUUUUACCAGAUCAGGUAGACACAGCCUGGUUAUACAAUGUUUCGCCAUGGUGGUGUAUUCUUCACCAUAUUAUGCAAUCCAGCACCAUUCUUUUAAUCGCACUAUCGACACAAGUUCACCCCGCCAUAGCCGAAUCGAAUAAUAUCGCAGAUAAGGUGAAGAAGGCCACGCGGUGGCUGAAUGAAAUGUCCACCAACGAUCCCUGCUCGCAGCGAGCUUUGGCUAUCUACAGGGAUCUACUUUCUCGCCACGCGUCUAAACUUGGAUUGGAAAUUGACUUUGGGCUCUAG